AUGGCCAACACAGGAGGGAGAGAGAAUGAAGAGUCACCGGAGAUGGAGCAUUGGCAGUAUCGCGUCACGCUUUUCCUGGUAGAUAACUGUGCAGACGAAUGGCGGAUCGCCAUGACAUGGUCGCGGUGCGCCCUCAUCACAGCGGAGCUGGUCAUCUGCGCAGUCCACCCCAUCCCCGGCCACUAUACCUUCCGAUGGGUCACGCAAUGGGCCUUCACGCACGAAGAACGCGAGGCAGAAGCCGACGUCGAUAUUUUCCUAUCCAUACCCAUGUUUUUACGCCUCUAUCUAAUUUGCAGAGUUAUGUUAUUACACAGUAAGCUAUUCACCGACGCCUCAUCGCGUAGUAUUGGCGCCCUCAACCGAAUCAACUUCAACACGCGAUUCGUCAUGAAAACCCUCAUGACGAUAUGUCCGGGCACAGUACUCCUUGUCGUAACCAUCACCCUUUGGAUCCUCGCCAGUUGGAUCAUGCACGUGUGUGAAAGAUAUCAUGACAAAGACAACAGUGAGAUCCUCAACGCCAUGUGGAUCGUAUCCAUUACAUUCCUAUCCAUAGGCUACGGUGAUAUGGUACCCAAUACUUACUGCGGGAGAGGGGUGGCCGUCAUCACUGGUAUAAUGGGAGCGGGUUGCACGGCUCUUGUUGUAGCAGUCUUGGCGACCAAGUUAGAGCUGAGCAGAGCAGAAAAACACGUCCAUAAUUUCAUGAUGGAUAAUCAACUUACAAAACGAUUAAAGAAUGCAGCUGCCAAUGUAUUGAGAGAAACCUGGUUGAUCUACAAAUACACCAAACUCGUCAAACACUCAAGCACAAGAAGAAUAAGAAAACACCAAAGAAAAUUUUUAAAUGCGAUUCAUAAGUUAAGAAAAACAAAAAUGGAUCAGCGAAAGUUAGCUGACGAAGCAAGCACAGUAGUAGAUAUGGCGAAGACUCAAAACGUUAUGUUCGAGAUGAUAUCAGAUAUGCAUACGGGGAAAGCCGAGUUGGAGGACAGGGUGAGCCGCCUGGAGGGAAGACUAGACCAGCUACAGACCUCACUCGACGGUUUGCCUCAGGUCAUGUCAGCUCUGAUGCAAAACGCUCAACUUCUACAGCAGCAGACUCAGCUUCUCUCCUCUCAGCAAUAUCUAGCGCCCCCUUCGCCCAACCUUAUCCAGCCGACCAUGCAGGAUAACCGCUUCAAUCAGCUCCAUUGUCUGGACAAUGACCUCACAACCAAUAACCACGCCGCAAUGAACUCGCGCGGUGCGGGGUUGCGGUUGCGACCGCUUCACUCGUUACCCAUGCAGUUCCCGUCGAACGAAGAACCGCGACGCGACGAUACGGUCAGGGCGUUCAGCAUCCCUGACGUCAGUAUAUCAAAAGAAGGGAACCGAGGACCUUGAUAGUGAUGAACACAAACUCGUGAGUGCAAGUGAAAUAGAUGGAGAAAGAGAGUGUGUACUGUGUGUGUGAGAGUGUGCGAGGAAGGGAUAAACAUGAAGCUUCGCUUCCUCAUAUCUAAAGUGACUUCCUGAGAUACUCCAAAAAGGGCAAAGAUGUAUGCUCCGGUCUCAAGAUACCUCUGACGUUCACGUAUUAAACUAAAGACGAAUCAAUGCAAAGACCGUUCCCCAUAAGCUUGUGGAACCGCGGUUGCUGGAGUUGACGGAGAGACAAGAGUAACAGAAUAUUAGCACUAGUUGUGUUGAGCCUUAUGUUUUAGCCAAACCUCGCAGACACUGCUCAAGUGUUAAAGGUCGUUCCAAGUUUAACGCUGGCUCAUCAAGCCUAGAUCUAAUCCCUCAGGUCACGCUUUCGUUGAGAUCGAUGAGAGCUCAACUCUCACAACGCUACCUGUCCCUGUAGAUGGAAGGACAUGAACAAGGAUACACUAGGAGGAGGGUACAGGUGCGGAAUACUGGCAUGUAUGAUGAUGCAUUCCAAAGACAGUCGCUAAAGCCAGUCACUGUCGCACCUAGUAGAGGGGGUUCGAUGGUGAAACAUCGACGAAUAAGAUGGCCGCCAUCGAUGCAAGAUGUGCAGCCGUGCAUGGAGGUCUAACUAUGACUACUAGUACCUGACAUAGAGGGCGAUAUUCUCUGCACGAGAUCACACCAUAAGUCCUCUUCUAACUGAAAUUGCAGGAUUCAAUUUUUAUAUGUAUGAUGUAGCCUUUCCAAAUGCAAAAGUGUUUCACUAAUUGUAAAAGUCUAAUCUAUUAAUCCGCGAUUUAGUUCUUUUUAUUUUCAAUAUUGCUAUAAAUAUUCAAAUGAUGGUACAUUCACUUUGUGGUGAUAAUGACAAAGUUUUGGCGUCAUAAAAACUGCCAACCUAUAAAAACAAAAAUAUAGUAAAUGUAUGGGGUUCGUAGAUAUAUAAUUAUCAUAGCCACAUACUCAAAUUAUAACUAUCUUGGUAUCUAUUCUCGGGGUCAAUACGAUAGUAGAUUCGAUUGCCAAUGAUAUACGUGUCUGUAACCGCACUCAAAUUCCUAUGCAUUAUUGCUCGUGUAGCGUUCCAUAGUCAAAUCACGAAAGGCUGAGAGUCGUGAAUAUGUAUUGGAAAUAAAAUGUUAUAACAACUUAUCAAUAUUCACUUAUUUAGUGCUGCUUUAUACUUUUCCUCGGAAUAUACGGGUCGAUAGAACUAUAAGGUGUGUUUCGUACUCAUCAACUAUACAUAGCUUCAGUAAUGUGUAGAUAUGUACUAUGAUUCAUAGUCACAUUUUGCUGCUAUUGUCUCUUUAUAACAAUAGCAAGAGAUCUAUAGGUUAUCGUGCUUUAUAAUCAAAUUUCAAUAAGUUCUUCGGGUAAGGGAAUUAGAGUGCAGUGAUAUUUUCCAUCUAUUCUAUUUCUCUUCAUAGUCCACUAUGACAGGAAACGGUUUGUUAUAGACCUACUUUACUGGGUUUUCGGUGAGUUAAUCCAUUAUUUUUUUGCAAAUCACCCUUCCAUUUUUGUUACUAGAAUGGUAUAACGAAGAGUCGAUAGAAAAAGUGGAAUAAUUUAAAGGAAAAUUUACAUAACUAUGAUUCAGGGGAUCUGUUAGCAAUCGAGCAUUUUCUUUAAAAAUCCAAAAUGAUAGUUAAUAGCAUAGCUUGGGGAAAAAAAACCUUGCAAUGUGUUAAUUGUACUUAAUGCAUUUUUCAUUAUAGUCAAAAACUGUUCUUAAAAAUGAAUCAUAUAUAGCAAAGUUACAUGAUUUGACAAAAAUGAAACUAAGAUAUUUCGACUGAAAUUAGUUACAAAAUUUAAACCGUCCACUCCGACAGGACAUCUGCACGUUACCACCACGUGGUAUUUUAAUUUUAUAGUCACUCUUAUAAAGAUUUUGUUUUAAUCACCUCUUUUCGCAUGGGUCAUUUGGAAGAUUUUUCCUUUUACAUUUUCUCUCGUACUUACAAACGUGUAAUUGUACUGAUUGUUAUUUCUUAAUGUGAUUUAUGUUUUGUAGACAGGGAUUUUGAUUCCUUGCUACAUUUGUUACAACGGCAGGGCGAAAAAUAAGGGCUCUCAAAAGGUGCAACUACGCGCACCAUCGUAUACUAUUUGUACACGACUCAUAAUUGACAACAGUUGCGCAUUUGACAACAGUACCUACUUUCUAUUGAAUUCUUUGUUUAAGGGUGCAACAAAAAGCCCCUCCCACACGAAAAAAUAAGCACGGGAGUCGUUACAUGACCGUAUACGUGUCAAAUACUUUUACCUCAUGUAUAUGCCAGUUUAGUUUGUAAGAGGGGUUUCAUUGCGUUAUUGUUUAAUAGGCUUAUUGGGCCUAUAAUUUCAUGGGAAUAAAUCUUCUUCUUUUUUUCUCCAUUGUUAACCCUGCACAAGUAUACAUUAUGUGCACUGUGUUCUGCAACAUUGUGUGAAUGCUAUGGGAAGCUGGUGUAAACAGCACGCAAAUGUGAUUCCUUGAUGUUACUUUCAACUCUUACCAACCAAAAAGAUUUCAUCCAUUUAUUUUGUGAUCAGUAAUAGACCAUGGAAUUUGGGCUACUAGAGAUAGAGAGAAAAAGAAAAGCAAUUAUCUGAACCAACAAAAAAAGAACGAGUAAGAAAUAUAAAAAUGAUAUGAGUAUAGUCUUACAGGAAAUACAUUCUGAUACAGGCAAGACGAGAGUCUGUUAUUCAACAUCUGCUUAAAAUCCGCCCAGUGUCAACACCAUAUGGGCGUGAACCGAAGACUGAUAACAGAAUCUGUUUACCACUUUCAAUCAUUGAGCGAGGGUACUUUCAUUAGUUUUUGGCUUCUCUUUGAUUUUUCUACGUAACAAUAUUUUAGUUUUAAAUUUCAAAGUAGGCAUAACCAACAAAAAGGGAUAUAAAAGAAGUCUUGCCUACGUAUAUGCGUGUUGUACCGUGAAACAAACAUUUACUAUUUUGCAACUCUAAUUUCAACACCGCCUCGUGCCUUAACUGUUUAUAUUAUAUAUACAUAUAUAUAUUUGCGAUAUAGAAAAUGCGUGUGUGCGUGAGAGGGAGGGUGUGUGAGCGCGACGCGAGAAAGGAUGUAGUUUCGAAUGGGACGCAGGGGUUUCGGAUGAUUUCGUUGGAAAUGAGUAGGCCCAGCGAAUACGGAUGGUGACCAGGAGGGUAAAUAAAGGCACCACAUGUAUCAGUGGCGGAUCCAGGGAUCCACAGUGGGCACGUACCCCUCCCCCUACCAAAUGUUAGAAUACUCUGAUACACAUGUCUAAUUAUCCCCCCCCCCCCCCCCCCCGUCCCCUCAUCCCAGUUUAAAUUCAUUUUUAUUUUCUGAAACUAUUUUCCCAAAUGAUUUCUCUAUGUUGGGAGUGGCUAAGAUAGUCUAGACUCAUUAUUGUGCCCCUCCCCCACCCCCAAAUCUGAAAUAUGUCCUGGCUCCGCCACUGUGUAUGUGAAUCGUGCUGUAAUUAUCGGUCAUAAAGAGAGUGUCUUUCUAAUAUGCAUGAAUCAUGGAUUGAUUUUCAAUGUCCCAAUUUCUAUGAUAGCUUUAUCAACUAUUUUUUAAAUCAAACAAAUUGUGUAAUUGGCAGUGAGGUUAUUAUGAGGGGUAUUUCUGUUCUUUUUAAUCCCAUUUUUAACAAAUUAUCAGAAUGAGGGGAUUGCAUCAUAUUUCCCUAAAAGUAGUCUAAUUUUCAGAUGCAUUUAUCAUUAUGUCAUAACAAUUCUUUGCUCGUAAUGUGUUGAUUGAAUAUGAUUUUACCUUAUCUGUAUUAUUUUAAGAUAAAGUUUUUAUUGGUAGCGACGAGCAAAUGAGUUAACUUUUUUAAAGUUCAUAGAGAACUAUAAAUUCUAAAAUUGAUAAUGGAAUAUAUCUAUGUACUUAAUGGAACUGAAUCCGAAGGGCAGAUGUGUGAUGGAUGUAUGUUGAAUUAAUAUUGUACAAGAAAAGUGUAUUUUUAAGGGACCCUUUUAUUUUUAGAACAAGAGAAGAGUAUAUUUAGUUUUAGGGUUUUUAAUUUUGAAAGACAUGAAAGAACACAUUGUCAUAUACCGAGUGUUACUGCACAGGAUUGGAAAUACGCCGUGUUCACGAUAUGACACACUGUGUUCAUAUUUUGACAUGCUACGUUGACACUUUGAAUUACUGUGGUCCAAAAAUGUACACACCACAUUAUAACCGAUGUGUGUAUGCUACUCUUCCACAGUGCUUACAGUGUGUUCAUACUGUCCCCAACUGUGUGAAACAUUAACACCCACAGUUGCCAUAUGUGAACGUAGUGUGUUUGAACUAGACGUAUGAACACGGUGUGCAAUCAAUAUCAAACUGUGAUGAUUGGUUCACAAUGUGAACACACUGUGUCCAAACUGUGAAGAUAGUGUGUUCACAGUAUUUUAAAAGAUACUGUGACAGUGUGUUCUUUAUCGCAGGGUUGAUCAUAACGUAGCCGGAGUUAAAGUAUGGGAUUACGCUUGUGUGUGAGAUUGAGAGACGCAGAGAAAAGAUAUGUAGUGUGUGGUGGGGAAGGGUAGGGGUCAUUACUUGUUCAUGUCAUGUACACUGUUCCAGAACAAACACAUUGUCCAUUCUCUCUCACGUAUAAGCAAGAAGUUGCUGGUAACUUCUUGGUAUAAGCACGCCACAAUCCACACCUGUCUUUAUGUAACAGUGCAAGCAACCAAUAAUUUAGAUAUUACGGCCACCGUCACUGCCACAGUGCACUGCACUUCUCCAAUCCUCCUUUUCAUCAAAAAAUAAUCCAUAAUCUUGCACAAAAAGUCACCUUUUAACAGUUUAAUUUCGACAAGAAUUGUAUGGUUGAUCAUGCUGAAAUUUGGGGUUUAUUAGAUAACUAGAUCCACGAGUGCACGGCUUAACUCCCUUGAUCACAUGUCAACAUUAUUGUAUGCGUACCUGUAUUGUAUGUGGAUUUUAUAGGUCAGAGGCCCUCUCUAUAAAACUAGCCCUACAAUUGAUCAGGAUUUCCUUCUUCAAAUGUGACCACAAUUCAUCGAGAUUAGACAAAAAUGAAUAAGAUUUUGUUUUCGUAAAGAAAGGUUACUCAUUAUUUACAAUAUCUAUCUCAAACGGGUUGAAAAAUUAAUGGGAGUCAUGAAUUUAUAUUUUUGAUAAUUUCAUUAUACGAUAAAAUUUCAUCUCAAUGAAAAAUUAAUUUGUAAUUUGAUUAGAAUAGGACAGUUGAUUUUGAUUUUCUUUAACAAUUAAAAAAAAAAGCUAUACAUGGAAACACGAGUGACAGAUUUGGUGUAAUUCAUCUACAUAACAUUUGGAAGCCUCUGAUAUAUAACUACAUGUUCUUGGGAAUGUGUUUGUUCUGUUUGCAUGUUAACGUGUUACGUAAUAACACCACAAUUGGUUUCGUUCUUUGUGUUCAUAAAUGUUCGUAUGAUAAUGUUAUAACAGCACUAUAAUAGCGUUUUGAUAUUGCACGUAUACUCAAAGUGUCUUUAUUACUGCCAAGGGUUAUAUAUGUCGAAAAUAUCAUUGAUAUAACUAUCAUAUUGAGCAGAAUGGUAUAUUGUUAUGGUUAUUAUUGUUAUUAUUAUUGCGCAAUUAUUACAAUCAUGUAUGACUUGUAUAGACUCUUGUAAUUGAAAUAUUAUGUGGGAAAUCGUUUUGUACAUAUCUUGAAAGCGACAGAGAUCUAUGUAAAUGAGGACGUUUCACGAAAGUGCAAGGGUAUCUCUUUUUAAAUACAGUACUUUUCAUAUAAUGAACAAAAAAGGAAUUAUAACAAAAAUCAA